GUGUCAUUGCGGAAGUGGGAGUUGCUGCUGCUGCUGUUAUUGGGUACCUGGCAGUGCGGUUUGUGUGUGAGGAGUGUAUCGUCUCUUUCCGUGCCUGUUUAUUUUCUGCACGCUCAGACGCUGCGGAAGAUGCCGCUCCAGUUCGAGUUGUGUCCCGGCCGGAUGAUCGGCGGCACGAGCCCCUGUUUCAUUAUCGCGGAGAUCGGACAGAAUCACCAGGGAGAUGUAGAGAUUGCCAAGAAGAUGAUCCGAAUGGCCAAGGAGUGCGGAGCGGACUGCGCCAAGUUUCAGAAGAGCGAACUUGAGUUCAAGUUCAACAAACGCGCUUUGGAGCGGCCCUACACGUCCAAAAAUUCGUGGGGGGCAACGUACGGGGAGCACAAGCGUCACCUGGAGUUCAGCCACGAGCAGUACAGGGAGCUGCAGAAGUACGCCGAGGAGGUCGGCAUCUUCUUCACCGCCUCGGGAAUGGAUGAGAUGGCGGUGGAGUUCCUUCAUGAGCUCAACGUGCCGUUCUUUAAGGUUGGUUCAGGAGACACGAACAACUUUCCUUUUCUGGAGAAGACUGCUCAGAAAGGCCGCCCCAUGGUGGUGUCCAGCGGAAUGCAGUCCAUGGAGACGAUGCGACGUGUCUACCGGACAGUGAAGCAACACCACCAGAACUUCUGUAUCCUGCAAUGCACCAGCGCCUACCCCCUGGAACCCGAGGAUGUCAACUUGCGUGUCAUUACCGAGUACCAGAAGGAGUUUCCAGAUAUCCCCAUAGGCUACUCCGGUCAUGAAUCUGGCAUCUUCGUCUCGGUGGCGGCAGUGGCGCUUGGGGCCAAAGUCCUGGAGCGCCAUGUGACCCUGGAUAAGAGCUGGAAGGGCAGUGACCACGAGGCGUCACUAGAACCGGCAGAGUUGGCCGAGCUGGUGCGCGCCGUGAGGACAGUGGAGCGGGCACUCGGCUCCGGGCUCAAGCAGAUGCUGGCCUGCGAGAAGCAGUGCCACGACAAGCUGGGCAAGUCGAUCGUAGCCAAGGUGGCCAUAGCCAGCGGCACCGUGCUCAGCCUGGACAUGCUGGCAGUGAAGGUGGCUGAGCCCAAGGGUGUCCCUCCAGAAGACAUCUAUGAACUGGUGGGCAAGAAGGUCAGCAAGGACGUGGAAGAGGACGCCAGCAUCACGGUGGACGUCGUGGACGGCUACUGCAAGAAUAGCAAAUGCUGAGCUGACCUUGUUUGCCCCCUGCUUCACCACACCAAACUGUUCUUAAUUUUUACAGAGUGGGGUCCUUAUUCCUUUCUGUUUUUCCCCUGUUAAAAUGACGUGAUUGAAACUGAGUUGAACUAAAUAGAACUGAAGUGGAAAGUGAUCGGAGGAGGCAGUGGCUGCGUAAGCAGCUGGAGGGGAAGCAGCGUUCUACUGUAUGCGCUGGGAAUGUAAAAGCCGUGUAAGAUGUGUUGAGGCUGGUGCACGGAGACCAGCCAAAGUGGGAAAUAAAGGUGGUGUA